AUGCCGUUCGCCCUCCUCACCGCCAACUACAAUACCCGCAACGGCGAAUACGAUAAUAUUUAUUUGGACGAUCCUACGGGUUUAAUCACCGCUCAACUUUCUCCUAACGACUUCAAGGCCAAGAAGGAUCCAUUGUCACCCCAAAAGCUGUGCAUUUCGCCGAUGCGGGUGCUGAACAUUGCCGAGGAGUGUGGAUUUGAGCUAAAAGCCAGUCCGUCCCGUCUGAUGGAAUACCACAUUUCGACAUGCUACAGCUGGCAUCUGCAUAAACCGGCUGGAAAGGCC